AUGGACACCAUGGACAAGUUUCUUAGUGAACUGCCGGCCAAAAUGAUGCCCCUGGUCCCCUUCAGAUUGCCUGUCGUCGAGCCUGGUUUUUGGCAGUCCGCCACAUUCUGGACAUACGUCUUUUGGAUUCUGUGGCUCCAUCGAUAUGUCCGGCUGCUUGUUCACUGCGUCAGCCAUUGGACCUACAAAUCGAAGCCGAUCCCUAGCAAGCCACUCUUUACCCACGACGACGUCACGGUUAUUAUUCCUACUAUUCAUAAUGCGUUUGAGGAGCUUCGACCUUCGCUUCAGAGCAUCCUGGCCUGCAAGCCGGCCGAGCUGAUUCUGGUCACAACGCACGACAAACGCAAGGCUCUUGACAAGCUGGCCAGGUCCCUCAACUACCCCCGGGUCCGUGUCAUGAACACUCACAUUGCCAACAAGCGACUCCAGGUCUGCGAGGCUCUGCCUACCGUGGAGACUCCCAUCACCAUCAUGGCUGACGACGAUGUGGCCUGGCCCGCUACCCUGAUGCCCUGGAUUCUCGCCCCCUUUGAAGAUCCCAAGAUCGGCGGCGUCGGCACCUGCCAGCGAGUGAAGCGCGAGUGGACGGCCCCGUGGUCGGUUCGCAUUUGGAACUGGCUCGGAGCGGCAUACAUUGAGCGCCGCAACUUUGAGAUAUCGGCUACUCACAACAUGGACGGCGGCACCUCCUGCAUGUCUGGCCGCACUGGGGCCUACCGAUCGGAAAUCCUCAAGAGCCAUGACUUCCUCGACGGCUUCAAAACCGAAAAGUGGAGAAAGUGGAUCUUGAAUGCUGACGACGAUAACUUUGUCACGCGAUGGUUGGUGAGCCACCAGUGGAAGACCUGGAUCCAGUAUGAGCGCGAAUGCGAGAUUGAAACCACUCUGGAGAAUGGCCCCAAGUUCCUGUAUCAGUGCUCCCGCUGGGCGCGUAGCAAUUGGCGAAGCAACUGGACCAGCCUGGUCAAGGAGCGGCACGUGUGGAGACAACAGCCUUGGUGCACCUACGCCCUCCACUUCGCGACCUUUACCUCUCUGGCCUUUGUCGUCGACCCGCUUCUGCUUGCCUCGUGCUGGUGGGCGACGGCUGAGUGGCAUGUCCAGUACCGACACUACGCCUUCUGGGCCCAGUUCAUCUUCAUGUUUGGCUUCACCAAGUUUGUCAAGCUCAUGGGACUUUUGUUGCGAAACCCGAGCGAUGUCCUCUUUGUUCCCGUCUCCAUUGUCUUUGGAUAUUUCCAUGGUCUGAUCAAGCUCUAUGCCCUCAUUACUCUUAACAUGACGUCGUGGGGCAGCCGAGCUGACGGCGAUGCAAAUGAUGCGCAGCGGCUCGCGCCGGCGCCAUCACCAUCUAAGGUAUUGACGACUCCUCGUGGUGCUAAGUCGCUCAUCCGCUUUAACGUCCGUCAAAAGGGAGGACUGACGUCGACGCGGACCGAGCAAGAUUCGGCAUGGGAAAAGCACGGAUUCGCUACCUACGAGUCGGGCACUUCAUACCCCGAAAAACAUGAAGUCGCUGGCAUACAGAAUGGCCAUGAACAACCACAGUCGAUGCACUUCAGUAACGCUUCUCAGUAA